AUUGUCAUGUCCCCACACUCACCCCCCCCCUCUAUUAACCCUUCCCGCCAUUAUCUUUCUCUCUGACUCAAACACAGAAGAGAGAGAGAGAGAGAGAGAGAGAUAAAGAGAGAUGAAGCGAAACCGCGCAGAGCCCGCGCCACCCCAAACACCCGCCAAAACCGCGCGCCGCUACGCGGCCCCGAACGCGCACCAGAAACUCCCCCAGAAGCCGCAGGUCCGCGCCGCCGCCGAGGAGAAGCCGCCGGCGCCGGCGCCGGCGCCGUCGCCGGCGGCGGAGGUGGUGGAGCAGGAGAUCGAGUGGGCCCCGCAGCUGGCGGGGUGGGACCCGGCGGGGGAGGUGGCGGGAGCGUGGAGCUCGUGGGGCGUGGCGGAGGAGACGCUCCUGGGGUGGUUCCCCUUCGCCGACGAGCACUUCCACGGCGCGGCGGCGGCGGCGGCGGGGGCGGCGCCGUUCUUGGAGGAGGAGAGCUUCUGCUGCUCCUACUGCUAUUAUUACCACGACGACAUUUGGCAUCUGCAGCACAUCCACGACGUUCCCAAGCAUUAAAUUUAAAUGUGGCCUCCUCACAGGAUCGAGAGUACAAAUUAAUUAAAGAGAGAGACAGAUGAUAGAGAUGAUUAGAUACAGAGCAGAUCUUUAAUUGUAGCUUUUUCUUUUUCUUUUCUUUUUUUUUUUUUUUUUUU